CCCAGUGGCAAGGACGCGCUGCGCUGCAUUCGCACGCGCCGUACCGAACCGCCACACUAGCGUCCCGUUCUGUGGCUGCUCAGAUCCGAUCUUCGCCUCGAGGUAUGCUCGCUUCUGCCGCACUUCGCCCUUCUCUCAAAAGCGUCCAGCAGACCCUGACGCCAGCCGCCCCGCCUCCCACCUCGUACGCGCACGAACAGUCCUCUAUUCGCCAUGACGUCCCAAGUCAAUGAUGGCUCGCUCGAUGGGAACAUGGCGAUCACUGACCCUCUCGCGCUGCACAUGUUCCCCCUCGACUGGAUGCCCGAGCCGGAGCCGGAGGUCGAAGUGGAGGUCGCCGAGCCGCCGCCCAAGCGCGCUAAACGCCGCCAGGUCAAGAACGCGUGCACCAACUGCCAGAGGGCGUGCAAGAAGUGCGACGAGGCCCGCCCCUGCCUGCGCUGCGUGCGCUACGGCCUCUCCGAGCUGUGCGUCGACUCGCAGCGCAAGGAGCGGAAGAAGGGCGCGAGGCGAGGUCCUUACAGGAAGCGUGAUGUAAACAAUUCAGCCUGCGACACGGGCCCGGCAGCGACGCCGGAGCCAGUGAGCCAGGAACCCCCGCCGCCCAGGCCGACGGCCCCCAUCCCCACUCCCCCAUUCGCGCCGGCGGGAUCGUACUCGCCCGAGUACGAUCAGUACACGCAGCCGCGCCCCCAGUCCCCCGAGCAGCUGGUCGAGGAGCCCCCCAGCCGCGUCCAGAUCGAGAGCCCCAUCCCUGUCAACCUCGGACAGGUGGUGCCCUGCCUGGAGGCUUGGGGGUACUACUCCCAGCCAGCUCACCACAACCACCAUGCCCCUUUCAAGGGGCAUGGUUACAUGCAAGGUCCAGUCCCUUCCCACAUGAACUACUAACAAUUUCCCUGUCUUACUGUACUGGUAUGUAUACUGGCAACAGGCUGCUUGCUGGC